AUGGCCUCUCCGGCUGUCAAGGAAGCUAUCACCAAGGCGGCGCUGCAGUAUACAAAGCCCCAGGGAAAGGUUUUUGAAUAUGGUACUGCAGGUUUCCGCAUGAAGGCGGACCUUCUCAACACCGUCAUCUUCGCUGUGGGUUUGCUUGCUAGUUUGCGUUCGAAGAAGCUCAGUGGCCAAUGGAUUGGUAUUAUGGUAACUGCGAGUCACAACCCCGCAGAGGACAAUGGAGUUAAGCUGGUUGACCCGAUGGGCGAGAUGCUUGAAGCUGAAUGGGAGGCAUACGCGACAAAGCUUGCCAAUGCCCCGCUGGAAUCUAUCGCUGAUGUCUAUGACGAACUCGCGAGCAAGAUCGAUGUGAAGAUGACCAACCCUGCCCGCGUCGUCUUUGCCCGCGACACUCGUGCCUCUGGUUCCCGCCUCGUGGGAGUCUUGAACGCCGCCCUGACUGCUACCGAGGUCGAGUUCAUCGAUUUCAAAUACAUGACCACCCCCCAGCUCCACUACAUUGUGCGCUGCAAGAACACCCUUGGAACACAAUACGAGUACGGAGAGCCUUCUGAGCAGGGUUAUUACGAGAAGCUUGCAACAUCUUUCAAGAAGGUCAUGCGGGGAGUCAAGGUCCAGGGAUCCUUGACCGUUGAUUGCGCCAACGGUGUCGGAGGUCCUAAGCUGCGGGAACUUAUCAAGGUCUUGGAUACUGCUGGUGGCCUUGACAUCAAGGUUGUUAACGAUGACGUGAUCAACCCUGAUGCUCUGAACUUCGAUUGCGGUGCCGACUACGUCAAGACAAAGCAACGCGCUCCUCCUUCUUCCAAGGCUGGUGCCCUUGACCGAUGCGCUUCGCUGGAUGGUGAUGCUGACCGCUUGGUUUACUACUUUGUGGAUGAGACUAACACUUUCCGCCUGCUGGAUGGUGACCGUAUUGCUACCCUGGCCGCUUCAUUCAUCGGCUACCUUGCCCAGAACGCUGGCAUUUCCCAGAAGUUGAAUAUUGGUGUUAUUCAGACUGCAUACGCCAACGGCGCCUCCACCGAAUACAUUAAGAAGGUGCUGAAGCUCCCUACUGAGUACACCAAAACUGGUGUUAAGCACCUCCACCACGCCGCUCUCCGUUAUGAUGUUGGCGUCUACUUUGAGGCUAACGGCCACGGCACUGUCACAUUCAAUGAGAACGCCAUGAAGGUCAUCCGGAACACCGAGCCUCAAUCGCCUGCUCAGAAACACGCUCUGGAGUCCCUCCAGGCUCUGACUGACCUGAUCAACCAGGCCGUUGGUGAUGCGCUCUCUGAUAUGUUGCUUGUCGAGGUUAUCCUCGCUCACAAGGGCUGGAGCCCCAAGGAAUGGCUGGGCACCUACACCGAUUUGCCUUCCUUCCUUGAGCGUGUCGAGGUCGACGACCGCUCCAUCUUCCGGACUGUCGAAGGGAGUGCCGAGCGUGAGCUCGAGUCCCCUUUCGGUCUGCAGGAGGAGAUUAACUCACAUCAGUCACAAUUCAACCAGGCCCGCAGCUUUGUUCGUGCUAGUGGUACUGAGGAUGCCGUCCGUGUCUACGCCGAGGCUGCUACUCGCUCUGAGGCUGAUAGCCUCGUUAAACGUGUUAGAGCUGCGGUCGGGAAGGUCGGGAAACCUAAAGCUCAGCAGUGA